AAUUUUCACUCUUUUUAGCACUUUGUUGCCUCUAUAUAUAGCUUCAAUGAUAGGUUCAAUUUUCUCAACAACAAAUCAAGCUUCAAAUUCACUUUACAUCACAAACCUUUAGCCUUCAGUAUAACUUCUUUCAUCUCCACUAAAAGCUACAACUCUUGGCAUUUGACCAAACACAUUAUUCAAUUUCUUCAAUUUGUUUGAACAUGGAUAUGGAGAUGAAGUUGGGAGCAUCAAGCGCGGUGGUGAUAUUCACCAAGAGUAGUUGUUGCAUUUCUCAUACCAUGUUCAAUUUUAAGAAUGUAUGAAAUUCUUUUAAAACAUGAUUGCUGAAAUAGUGAAAAUUGAAAUAUUAAUAGCUAAUUAGUUUGAUUAGGUGCUCUAGUUUAAUUUUUAGCAAUUGUUGUUUUUUGAUAUUGCAUGUUGGAUUUUAGUUCAGUUAUUGUAUGUUUGUGUAAUGAACUGCUUAAUGGUGGGGUGUUUGUUAACUUUUUUGUGGGGUUUUCAUUUGAGCAUUGAGUUAUUUCUGUUGAUAAACUUGUGGUCUAUGAACUAAAAAUGGGAGAUUUAUUCUUCAGGUGUAGAUUGUGUUGAAAAUAGAUAAAGAAAAUAUCAUUCCUAAACGCAAAGCCGGUACCGCUGGUAGCAGUAGAAAAAGAAGAGCUGAGGCAGUUAGAAAUAUCUCAAAAAGAAAGAAAAUUAAAGAUUCGGUAUCCGAAUCAGAUUCAGAGUUAAAGGAGAUAAGCGACUACGUCGAUUCUAGUGAAGAUGUUGCCAAACGGAGUGUCAGUGGUGACAGUGAGGAGAGUAAUAGUGAUGAUGGGGAUAAUGAUUCCUUGUCAGUGCCAUAUCUUUCAAGGUGCAUUUUCGUGGAGCGGUAUGACCGUCGAACGAUAAUUGACGAGGUCGGAUCUUUCCUGGCAAAGAUAUCGAUCAGAUCAAGAAUGAUUGCUUAUUGAGAAUUUAAGCAAGUUCUUGUCGAUCAAGAAUUGAAGAAAAGAUUCAAGCGGUCCUGUUUUGGACACCUGAGAAACCUGCCGGAACAUCUCAAGUUCAAUGGGCAGUUGGUCUAUUAUUUGCUGUUGCGACGCAUCAGCAUCAAUAAGAUGCGUCAUGAGAUGUGGUUCUACGUUAACAACAAGCCUGCCUGUUUUGGCUUGAAAGAGUUUUGUUUGAUCACGGGGUUGAACUGCUCAUCAUAUCCCAGUGAAUAAAAAAUGAAGAAGGUGUUAGCAAAGGGGGAUAAUUUUUAUUUUAAGGUGACAAAAAACAAAAAUAUCACGGCGGUCAACUUGUUACACCUGAUCAGAGGGAAUAAGAUGAACGAGGACCAGAAGUUCAAGUGUUGUCUACUGUGGUUCUUGUACACCAUUUUACUUGCAAUAGAUUCGAUGAAAGUUGUUGACACUAAAUUGAUUCGAUGGUCGAUUCGUUGAGUUUCUUUGAGAAGUAUCUGUGGGGUAAAGAGAUAUUUCAACUAACCAUGGAGUAUCUAAAGAAGAAAAGUGACCUGAAGAAGCAGAAUGAAGUAUUUGAUGAGAAGUAGAAGGCAUCCUAUGCUCUAUUUGGAUUUCCCUAGGCAUUUAUGGUAUCUACCAUAAACACUGCAAUUUGGAUCUAUGAAACCUUUUCUCAUCUUGGAGAAUUUGCUAGAAAAUCAAUGGAUGAGCCCUUUCCCAUUCCCCACAUCCUCAGCUGGUACACUACAAAAAAUGACAAGAUAAUCGAAGACGACCCAUUCAAGUAUAAAGAAAAAGUUACCGAGAACGUGCACCCGUACAUUAUCCCUACUGUCCGUGAGACAAAGAUGGAUUAUAUAAUUACGUUUGAGCCAUCUAUGGAUGAGGUGAAAAAUAACGUCCUUGAUGGCUUGAAGAAAGAUUUAGAAGGGGUGACUGUCCUUACUUCAAAUGAGGACAGUGAUGAUGAUGGAAUUUGGGUGGUAAUCUCGUUGGAGUACGUGUUGGUGAUGAUGAUUCUCCAAGCACCUCCAAAGAUGCAGCGGAACCUCAUACCCCAGGGAUCUUCAUAAGCAUGUUGUUGCUCUCGAGAAAGUGGUGUUGGAUAUUGCUACCUUUAUCAGAGAGAAAAGAAUGAAGAAAAAGAAAAAAAUAAGCGACAACACGAGCGAGUGCAUGUGGAUCUUCGUGAAUCAGAGAGGAAUAAAGAAGGAGAAAAAAAGAGCAAAAUGGAUGAGUUGGCCUCUGUUGUGGCAGAAGAGGAAAAAGAAGAAGAAAAGAAGGAUGAAGAAGAAGAAAUGGAAGAAGAUAAAAGCCAAUAAGAAGGUGGAGAAGUAGCACCUGCAGAAGUAGAAGAAGAAGUGACAACAGAUGAACAAGAAGGCGAGGAAAAAGAAAAAAGCUGAUGAAGAAGAAGCUAAUAAAGCUGACAAAGAAGAAGUUGAGAAAGAAGCAACAGGUGAACGAAAUUAAGAAGCUGAGGAAGACAUAGUUGCUGCAGGAGAAGAAAGAGAAGAAGGUGUAAAAUAAAAGGAAAUUGAAAAAGAACCAGUUGCUGCAGAUGCUGGUAAAGAAGGAGAAGAUGGUGAGAAUGAAGAAGCGGAUGCAGCUGUUGAGAAAAAAGAAGCUGAAGAUGACCAAAAAGAUAUGGUCAUGGACAUUGUUGAUGAAAUCAAUAGUAACACUUGUGUUGGUGAGGAACUUAGGGAAAAAGACAUUUGAAUCCUAAGUCGUUUAAUGUGUUGUUGAAUGAUGAGUUGUUAUGAUAUGACAAUUUUUUUUAAGUUCACAAA